GUGCAAUGACUUGCGUGUGUGUUUUUAGACCGUUAUAGACAGUUUGAAACGCUCGGAAAAGGAAAUGUUGGAAGGUUGUCGAAUGUGAGACGUAUAUGGUUUGUUUUAAAAAUGUAUUCCAUACAGAAUGGCCAGAGUGUUUUGGUUGUAUGGGGUUCAACUCCUGCACCUGAAACGUUUCAAAAUAUGAUAGAAAAACUGCGGAAACUUACUGGGCCUUUGGGAAAUGUUCGUGUUGAAAAUGUUGAUCGGCUAACAAUGGGAUCUCAUCCUACAUCAUCAUUUGACAUAGUGUUGUCUGGAGUGAUUUUCCCACAGUCAAUAAGUCACACUACAGAAUUACUUGGAGAGUUGUUAAGAGUGGUGAAACCCAAAGGGAGAAUCAUCUUGCAAGAAGUAACAGUACAAAAUGCAAAUGGAACGCACCUGAAAACAGCAGAAAAGUUGCAAUCUGUUUUAAGAAUCACUGGUUUGACAAAUAUACAAGAAGCCACACUUGUUUCGUUGACAAAUGCAGAAAUCCAAACAUUAAAAGAUUUACUUAACAUCGCAGUAAAUGUUAAUGUUGUUGAAAUUCAAUGCCAAAAGCCAGAUUUUGAGGUAGGAUCAUCAUCGAAGCUGUCAUUUGCUAAGCAGAGUCCUCAGGUACAGCCUUCAGUUAACGUUGCUGCUGUAUGGAAACUAGACGACACUGUAGAUGAUGAUAUUGAGACAAUUGAUGAAAAUAAUUUGCUGGAUGAAGAAGAUCUCAAGAAACCAGAUCCAGCUUCUCUCAGGGUGUGUGGAACGACAGGCAAGAGGAAGGCUUGUAAGAACUGCUCCUGUGGCCUUGCGGAGGAAUUGGCCGCUGAAGGGAAACCAGCAGCUGCACCUCCAGCGCAGACUAAAACUUCAGCUUGUGGCAAUUGCUACCUGGGAGAUGCUUUCCGCUGCGCAAGCUGUCCUUACCUUGGCAUGCCUGCGUUUAAACCAGGAGAGAAAAUUCAGCUAACAGAUCAGCAGCUGAAAGCGGAUGUUUAGGAUUUAUACAGUAAUAUGUUUAAAGUACUUAUUUAAUUUAACCUGAAAUGUUCUAUAGUUGUCAGACGUUUGUGUCUUAUCAUGUAACAAACAUGUAAUAGGACUUAUUUCUGUUUGGCGCUUACAGAAUUCAAUAAAAUUGUUCUGUGUAAGAAAGUAAA